UCAAAUUUCAAUGUGUUUUUUUUUUUUUAAAUUUUAAAUGUACUAUUAUGUAUUACCACUUUUAAUUCAUUUUUAUACUUUAUAUUUUAACAUUUUUACUUACUGUUACUUCAAUUAACUGAAGAAAUAAAAAAAAUUAAUUAUGACUUCUUGUGUCGUUGUGAGUAAAAACUCUAUUGUUUUGUCAUCAAUUAAUGAAGACAAAUGUUAUGUGUGUUCGUUCAUCAAUAAGGAAGUAAAAAACUUGACUGACCAUUUGGGUGAAGCGUACAAUCAAAUGCCAUUAAAUAAUUAUGACUUACAAAAAGCUUGUGCUACAUUUUCAAGUAAUGAAAAAUUGUUUGCAUAUAAUCCUAAUAAGGGAAAAUUAUUAAGCAUUUGGAAUGCUGAUGAUUGGUCCCUCGUAGAAAACAAAACAUUAUUAAAACAUGCCACAAAAAUAAUAUUUACUCCUAAAACACAUACUAUAGUUGUUGGUGAUAAAAAAGGAGAUGUUUAUGCUUUUGAAAAUCAUCCUGUUCGAAUACUUGGGCAUUCUUCAAUGGUUUUAGAUAUUUGUAUUAGCAAUGACGAAAAAUAUAUAAUCACAUGUGAUAGUGAUGAAAAAGUACGAGUUUCACAUUAUCCAAAUGGAAAGAACAUAAUAUACUAUAUGAUGGGACAUACAGCGUUUGUUAGUGGAUUAUGUUUAUUCACCUAUUUUAUUCUUUCAAGUUCAGGUGAUAGCUCAUUGAAACUAUGGAAUAUAAAAAAUGGUGAAUUAGUUGACAACUUAGAUGUUCAAAAACCUAUUCGAAGUAUAAUUUCUUUUGGUGACAUGGUUGCUGUACAAUUUUAUGACUCAAAUGAAAUCCAAAUAGUGAAUAAAGAAAUAAAUGAAAAUUCAAUAUCUCUUAAAAAUAUUCGACGGUUACAAUUUGACAGUAUUGUUUUAAACAUGGCAUCUUAUAGUAAUCAAAUUUGGAUUAUUACAGUAAAUUCAAUACAUUUAUUUUCUAUUGAACCAAAUAGUUGUAUUAUUGAAAAUUCUGAUUAUACUCCAAUGAAGAAUACAAAAAAGACAUUAGAAGAUUUAAUUAAAUCUUUUACACAAUUAGAAAAAACAGAUUUAAUGAUUUUCCUACAUAAAAAAAUGAUAGAUAAACUAAAAAGAACUGAAGAAUUUUUAAAUAAUGAUAUUCAAGAUAAACCUAUAACAAAAAGGAUAAAACAAAAUUAGAAUGUAUUUUAAAAUGAUGUGUUUAUAUUAUUAAUAAUAUUACCA